AUGCCAUUUGUUACCAUUUAUGAAAAUCAAAUGUUAUAUCAAAAAAAUUACUUUUCUUUAGCUCUAAAUGAAGAUCAAAAACUGGAAAUUGUUUUAAACAAAAAAGCUCUUACCAAAAGAGAUAGUAAGAAGAAAAUUGUUAAUAAAGGUAAUCAUGAUUUGACUUCAGCUCCAAAAACUAUCACUAGAGAUAUACCAGCUCUGGAGAUUAGUGUUAAAUGCAAAAAUAUAAUAGCUCUGAAGGCUAUUGCUAAACAUAAGCAAAAUGAACUAACUCAAGAGUCAGUUGAUGUUGAUGAAGUGGAUAAAGACGUUGACAUUCAAGAAUCUAAUCAAUUUCUGGCAGCAUUUAGAGAUAUAAGAAAUGUUCACAAAAUAUGCUAG